UUCGUUGCUUCCGCUUGCAUUAACAUCGCUUUUUGCUACGCUUUACGUUCUCUUUCCUUAUGUUUUGAGAUCUUUUGUUUGUUAUUUCAUUUUUUUACAUUCAAUUAAUUUGUGAAUUUAUGUCGAUAUGAUAGCAAAAAUGUAUAACAAGAGACAAUAUUAAAAAAGAUCGUGUGUGUAUUCGUUUGAACUUAACGGUACUUUAAACAAGGAGUAAAUGAAAAAGCAAUCAACGCGCGAAAUCAGUGCCAAUAAGUUUCUUAAGAACAUAUCUCAUAAGUGUUUACAUUAUAACGAAAAAAAAGAAAACAAAAAAAACUGAAUAAAAACUUAAUUCUGUGAACAAAAUGCAUAACGUCGAAGAUAUGUUGGUGGAAAAGAAUUAUAGUAAAUGUCCUUUGAAGAAACGACCAGUCAAUUAUCAAUUUGAUGAAGAUGAUUCAAUUUCUGUGGAUAGUAAGCUGAACGUAAAACCUGAGCAUACAUUACUCCAGCAAAAAAGUGUCAUUGAAGAGCCAGAAAAUCUCAGUUUGAAAAAGGAGCCAUGCAAGAAGGAAACCAUAUCAAGUAUUAGCGGAUCGAAUAACAAAGAAGAUGAGUUAAUCAAUGUAAGCGAUUGCUGUGAAGAUGAGGGUGUUGACGUAGAUCACACCGAUGACGAUAGUAUGUACGAAGAAGAUGAAGAAAUGAUCGAUUGCGUAGAAGUUGAAGAGAAUCAUGGUGCCGAUGCUAAUACAACGCAAGCAGCUGCUUUGGCAGCAGCAGCCGCCGUGGCGGCAGCAUCAGCGGCUGCUUCGGUGGUAGUACCUACUCCAACUUAUCCUAAAUAUGGCCUACAACCGUGGAAUUUUCAUAUGUCUCCGUAUACAGCAGAAUUUUAUCGUACGAUUAACAAUUCUCAUCUGGCUCAACAAAUUUCUCCUCUACGCGGUGAGUUAUUAUCGCCGAGUUCACCUUCUGAUUCCAUUGGGUCGCUGUCACCGCCACCUCAUCACUAUUUGCCGGGUCGUGCUAGCUCAGUAUCGCCACCAAUGCGCUCUGAGAUUAUACAUCGGCCUAUAGGGGUAAGGCAAUUGCCUAACUGUCCGCAACACGGUCAGCACAAAUACAUAUCAUACCCAUUGCCAGCUUACCAUCCACACAAUGGAACAACCGCACCCUAUCCUUUGGGCUAUCCACCCCAUCAUGCUCCCAUUUCACCAGCUUAUUCAGAAUCCUCAUAUUAUUCGAUGCGUUCAUUAACACCAGAAGCCAUUUCAUCGCCAGUGCCCGAAGAUCUCUCGAUUAAAACUUGCAAUACUAAUGCAAACAACAAAACUCUAUCGAUACCGUUAAAUAAUAGUAACAAAAUGGAAACAUUAAGUGAAAAACUUGGCUCGACUUCUAUUACCAUCAAUUCAACGCCAACAACGACGCCCGGUAAAAAAGAGAAAUCAACAGCUCCGCCUCGUUAUCAAUGUCCCGAUUGCCAGAAGUCGUAUUCUACAUUUUCGGGCCUCACCAAACAUCAGCAAUUCCAUUGUCCUGCAGCUGAAGGCAAUCAAGUGAAAAAGUCUUUCAGUUGCAAAGAUUGCGAAAAGACUUAUGUGUCUUUGGGUGCCUUGAAAAUGCACAUAAGGACCCAUACUCUACCGUGCAAGUGCAAUAUUUGCGGUAAAGCUUUCUCUCGGCCAUGGCUAUUGCAGGGCCAUAUACGUACGCACACCGGGGAGAAACCUUUCAGUUGUCAACAUUGUCAUCGGGCUUUUGCUGAUCGUUCAAAUCUCAGAGCGCAUCUGCAAACGCAUUCCGAUAUUAAAAAAUAUUCUUGCACUAAUUGUUCAAAAACAUUCUCGCGCAUGUCUCUACUAACAAAACACUCCGAAGGUGGUUGCCAAGGUAAUGUCGUUAAUAACAGUCAACCAGAAACACCAAUGGAACUGAGUUCAUAUCCUAUUUAUGCUGAACAUUAAAUUGAAAAAAAAAACAUUUCACGGCAUAUUGCAAAGAAAAGCUAAAUAUUAUUUUGCCAUAUGAAACCACCAAAAAUUAGUUCCUAUACUAAA